GAUUCGUUGUAAACAAGGACAGUGUUUACAUUCUACCACAUGCACCGCCUGCUGUCUUGCUCUGUCACAACAUCGUUUUGAUCGAGGAGAAGAGGAAAUAUGGAGGACCCAUACGUAUUUGGGGAUAUAGGCAGCUGGGCGGAGCGGACGGAGGUCCACAAGGCCGCCUCACAGGGCCUCGUGGACCAGCUGAGGCAGCUGAUCGCGGACGGCGCUCCGGUCAACAUCGUGGCGGUGGACUCCAUCACCCCGCUCCACGAGGCCUGCAUCCGGGGCCAGAGCCAGUGUGUCCGGCUGCUGCUGGAUGCUGGAGCCCAGGUGGACGCCCGCAACGUGGAUGGCAGCACCCCGCUGUGCGAGGCCUGCUCGGCGGGCAGCCUGGAGUGCGUGAGGCUCCUGCUGGACCACGGGGCCACGGUCAACCCCGCCCUCACCUCACGCACCGCCUCCCCCCUCCACGAGGCCUGCAUGGGAGGGCAGGUGGAGUGUGUGCGGCUGCUGCUGUCCCUGGGGGCCAGCCUGGAGGCCUCAGACCUGUACCACGGCACGCCGCUGCACGUGGCCUGCGCCAACCAGCACACAGCGUGCGUCAGGAUGCUCCUGAACGCCGGAGCCAACGUGAACGCGUCCCGGCUCCACGAGACCCCUCUCCACUACGCCGCCAAGGCCCGGCAGGCGGAGACGGUGGAGCUGCUGGUGGAGUUCGGCGCCAACAUCUACGCCCGCGACCAACGGGAGAGGCGGCCCGUGGACUACACCACCCCCGACUCCCCCGCCGCCGCCUGCCUCCGCGCCUACGAGAUGUGUGUGUGUGUGUGUGUGUGUGUGCGUGCGUGUGUGUGUGUGUGUUUCUCCAGGGGCUCCUCUCACUCUGCAGCAGCUGAGCCGAGUGGCCGUGAGGAACAAGCUGGGAACACGCGCGCUGGAGGUCAUAGGUCAACUGGAUAUUCCCAAGCUCCUGAUUGGCUACCUCAGCUUCCAGUGACACCUCCUGCUGCCCGGACCCAGACCUGGGGGGACCCCCAUCAGGGUGUAACCCCAUCAGGGUGGACCUGAUCCUCAUCCUCACAGAGACUGGACUCUUGUUGACAUGUUUCAACGCACAAAACAGUGACAACAAGCAUGACAACACAACUUAAAAUUGAUAUACAGUGUGUAUAUAUAUAUAUAUAUAUAUAUAUAUAUAUACAUAUAAUAUAUAUAUACCGCUAGUUAUACCACACUCUUGUUGAAUACUUGAAUACUCAGGUGCCAUAUUGAUUUUUGAACACUUUUUGAACACACAUUAGUAUCUUUAGUAAUAGUUAAGACU